AUGAUAUCCAGCCUUCAAUUCACCAAUUCUAUAUUAUAAAAUACUGUUAGUAAUGUCUUUACUCCUAAUAUAUAAAUCUCAAACUCCAUAAAUAAUAAUAAAAAUUUCUUCAAGCAAAACGCUAAAUUUAACGCAGCAGCUGAAUAAUCCUAAAUAAACCAAUAAAAUAACCAACUGCUUAAUUAAUAGUAAAAGCAAGCUAAAAUCUCUUAUCGCCUUGCUUCUUAAUCUAACUCUGAAUCAGAAAUCUAUGAGAAAUCAUCCCAAAAUUAUUUAUCUCACUUCAGCUCAAUGAUUUAAAUUGGAUAGAAUAAUUAGCAAUCCAGCUCUCAAUAAUCAUUUUCUAUUUCAUUGGCCAAACAAAAAUCAAUUAAAGAAAGCGAUUUCUCCCUUACGUCUCAAGCCUCAACUAACUUAGCUUAAAAUCUUAACAAAAAACUUGCCAAGCUUGCUAAGAAGCAAAAUAGUCUCUCUAAUAGUGGCUGCUCAACUUAAAUCUCUUCUUGCUAGAGCUUCAACAGUAUUCCAUCUUGUAAAGUGAUGCGUCCCUUCCCAGAACAUGAAUUUUACCUUUGCGCAGAAAACUUAGGAAAAUCCACUCUAACUCACAUUGAAGAAGAUGAAAGUUUUGAACUUAAUCCUGUCAUAUAGGUCAAUACCCUCUCUAAAAAUAUUUAAUACGUAGAAUACAAUAAAAAAAAAUCUGUCCUCUCUAUCCACCUUUCAAACAAGAGCUCAGCUUCAUCACUCGACUCUUUAAGCUCUAUUUCAUUUGAAGAAAUACCAUCCUCUCCUCACCUUUACAAUUCUUCUGAACUCAAUUCCUCCAUCAGCAACUUAUAAAAUGAUUUGAACAAUCUACCCAAAGUUGCUCUACCUUUCAAUCACACACUUCUUGAAAGUGAAACAUACAAAAUUAUGGCUUAAAAGACUAAGCCAUGUCUCUCUGUUGCCUACAGAUUAAACGAAAAUGGUUCUUUUGAUGUGAAGGGUAUUCACAUGAAUGAAAAAUUCUUAAUCUACACAAAAUGGGACACUGAAAACUGUCUAUUGACCACACUAAAUAAUUCUAUUUAAGAAAUGUUUACUGCAAAGAAUUAUGAGACUUUCAUGGAUUACACCUUUAAGUCUAUGAGUACUGCUUUUAAUGCUAAAAGUCACGCAUCUGAACUCUAUUCCUUAAACGGUGAAUUGAGAAUGGCUGACAAUGGCAUAAGAGAAGUUGAAAUGUCUAUUCAAUCUAAUUAUAAUCCUAAGUAUGGCUUUUUGCAUGUUUCUUAUAUUAUUGAUAGAGUUAUUUCUGAAAGAAAACCUGUUGUUAUUAAGAAAAAAUCUAAAUCUUCAAUCUUUUGCUCAACUGCUUCUUCUUCUAAGAACGAUAAAUCAGUCUCCGGAGGAAUCAGAAGUCAAAGCAGCAGCAUUUUUAAGAGAAAAGCUUCUAAUUCAUUUACAUUUGAAGAUACUACUCUCGGCAAUGAUGAUGAAUCUCUAUCCUAAUAAGAAAAAAGUUUCAUCUAGAGAUUCUACUCUUUGUGA